UUGUAUAAUCGAACUCAUUUCGUAUCGCAGUCGCGUGGAUAUAAGGCUGAAUGUAAUGAUUCGAAAGUUUAUUCGUGUGUUAUAACUAUUCGGUUUAUCGACCGCUACUGAACGAAUCGCAAAAUGACCCGAAGUACAUCUGUGUAUAUCUGUCUUUUGGUUUGCCUCACUUGCUUUGCGGCACCAGCGAUAAGUAACAGGGAUGAAGAAUUCGAUCCAAGAAAGAUUUUUCUAACUUUUCCUGACUGCGAUGCCACGAAUGAGCCAUCAAUUCAGUGCAUGAUAGAAGAUACGGAUUGCAUACAAAGUGCAUAUAAUCAAGUGAAAAAAGAUAAGAAUGAAACUACCGUUUUCUUUCAUGGAUACAGAAAUAAUAUUAAUGUUAUACCCACGUCAGACAUUAUAUCAGCUUAUUGUUGGCGAAAUAUCUCUGUUAUUGCAUUACUUGACUGGUCCCUACUAGGAAAAGGCGACUUAAUGUUAGUUGGUAAUCGAACACCUAAAAUCGGACGGAUAGUCGCGUCUACUUUCAAUUCUUUAAAUAAUAAAGGAUACGAAAUGGCAAAAUGGCAUCUGGUUGGACAUUCCAUGGGUGCUCACAUUGCAGGUUGCGUCGGAACAUAUAGCAAUUUUACCUUUUUACACAUCACAGGCUUAGAUCCCGGGGAAGGUCCAUUUUAUUCUGACCUGUACAAAGGUUGUCUAAUUAAUCCGAAAGUCGCACAUUUCACGGACGCUCUUUACACGGAUCGCGGUGGAUACGCCACCCCGAUAAAUGUAGGCAGUCUCAAUGUUUACGCCAAUACUGGAGCGGCACCGCAGCCUGGCUGCUGUUCGUCACAAAGAAAUGUGCAUGCGUGCAGCCACAUUAAAGCGGGCCAAUGGUACGCCGAUAUCGUGAGGAACGAAACGAAGUAUUUGGCCGUCAAAUGCGUGGAUUGUACCGUGUUACCAAUUUACGGCUACUGCAAAGACAAUGAACGCAUUUACUUCGGGCCGCAUGUAGACACGAAAACCACCGGCACCUACUGUCUCUCAAUCGAUUAAAAGACGUCUUCCUCUACGAGACGAAAUAAGCAACAAUAAGUUUCAUUAUUUUCAUUAUAAGUAUAGUUCCAUUGCGAUAAAUUUAAUCUUCUUGUAUCAUGUUUCCGGACUCAAGUAAUUACUAUUAUCGAAGAUAAUUUAUAAUGCAAUGUACCUUAAAUAGAUUCUCCUGUUAAUCUCAAAUUGGGACACCCUAAAUAAAUCUUUAUUCGAAAAAUAA